AUGGCGCCGAAUGGAUCAAAACACAGACUACAACGCUUUCUGAUAAAGUUGUUAGAAGCGGUGAUAGACGCCAGCGAGGAUGGGCUUGAGGCCUUUCGCGAUGAAGCUUUGAGCCCACUGACCAUCAUCGUAUGGCUCAAAAAAGCUGGGCGCUCACUGUGCAAUAGGAUGAAGAAAAGGGGCGUUGUUAGGUCCAUACCAUUGGUUCCCCUCAUGUUGUCCUUGCCCGUCUCGAUACCUCUGGUGUGGUUCGCCGCCUUUUUGGGAUACCUACUUCUAAGUUCGCCCGCCGUCAUCGGGGUUCUCAAGAGCUUGCUGUCCUACUUGGAACGGGGACUCCAAAAGAAGCGGGAUAUCGCAUUCCAAGAACGGUUCUUCCUACCAGUGGGAAAGCCGUCUGGGAUACACAAGCCAAUGAUGUUCUUUGAAUCACCAACCCAUCGGACUGACAGAUUUUUCUUACUCCCCCCUGAGCUUCGCUACCAUAUUUUGGACCUCGCGUUCGGUUCGCGGACAUUGCACAUGAGUCUGAACUUCCAGUGCCCUUAUUAUUUAGCAAAUAUUGACAGAUAUGACGAUCCUCGGUUUGGAUGUCAUGCCAAGAUCGAACGCCUCGUCACGGUGGAAAAUUCCCACUUGCAAAUAAACAAAUCCAAGCAGUGGGUGUGGUUUGGGUGUGUCUGCCAUCGUUCCUCAUGCCAUACAUCCAGGACAGCUCGGUAUAUGGAUAAAUUCGGCGACAACAACGGGAUUAUAUCCAGAGACAGUGACGCUCCAUGCGAGCCUAAAGAUGACAGGUGCCUGGAGGGUGUCGCUCGUUGUAAGCAAUGGCCGGGAACAUGGCCCGAGAAGUGUCAAAUUGGGAUUCUUGGAUGGCUCCUCACCUGCCGACAAGCGUACAUCGAAGGCUUCAGCGUGCUGUAUGGUAAUAACACUAUCAACAUUGCUUCGCCUGCACUUCUUCGAAGUAUUCAAGAUGUUCUACCCCAGGAAGCCCUAUUUUGCAUGACUUCACUCGAACUUGUCAUAGAUCUGGACCGUGUCCCUCUUGACCUAACCUUUAGAACUACAUCGAAAAAGAAGGCCCGAGAACACCCAUCACCUCUCUUCCCAUCCAUGGCCAACCUUCGGAUUGCCUUUUCAAGGACUUCUCGUAACGCAAGCUCUCUCGGGCUUGACCGAAACGAUCUUCACUGGACCGAAAUUAAGAAAGCCCUUCUCGGGCAGUUGUUUCCAAUGAUUGAUGGCUUUCUCGAAAGAGUUUUCCCCAGCACCACGGAUGUAGUGAUCUCCUGUCCCUCAUGGAGCUGGUAUUCAGCCGUUGACCUAGUUCUCAUCGAUCAACAAGGUAGAGCUACCUCUAAAGCGCAACACUCAAGCUUCCAAGGAACCAAAUUCUGGAGACAGUCCCCUGCGCAGGAGAUCAUCUCACCCGAGAAUGGGAAUGUUGAAGCGCUGGAAGAGGGGACUCAAUCGAAGAUCUUGCGAACUGGCUUCUGGGUUCAUAGCUCCGAGAGACCAAUAUACACUCGCUCGAGACGAGCAAACGAGGCUCCAGGAUUUCACAAGAACCACCAACAGAUUGUAAUUCACUUUGUCAUCUAUCUCCGUAAAACAACCUCUUAUAUCUUCAUAGUGCUUCCAAGUCGAGUUUAUAGCAUGCCAGCCAGUGAGGCCAUUUAUUCUUUGGCCAGCCCAUGGACUACUGUCCUCGCUCUGGUGAUUACUUAUCCCAUCAUUCGCACCAUCUACAACCGCUAUUUUCACCCUCUAGCCAAGGUUCCCGGUGCAACGGCCUGGUCUGCGUCAAGGCUCCCGUUUAUCUUUGCGCUUCUUAGAGGAACCAUUGUGCACGACUUUCAAGAUCUCCAUCGUCGAUACGGGCCAGUUUUGCGGAUCGCUCCGGACGAAGUUACCUUUGCCCAGCCCGAUGCUUUCUCAAAGAUCCAAUCUGGUGGAAGCGACAGCCGGGCAAGCCCUGAUUCUCUCAUCAGUGCGAUUGACCCAGACUCGCACGCUCGGAUUCGCAAGGCACUUGCCCCUGCAUUCACUCCACGCGCCUUGCGCUCUCAGGAGCAUGUACUCUACCGAUAUGUCAACCUUCUUGUUGAAAGGCUUCAGGAAACAGUAAGGGCAAGGCCUCAGGAAACUGAUCACGCAGUGGUGAACAUGUCACCCUGGUUCAAUUUCACCACUUUUGAUAUCUUCGAAGACCUUGACUAUGGUGAGUCCUUUGACUGCCUAGAAAACUCCCGCUACCAUCCAUGGAUCUCACUUCUCUUCAACAGCGUCAAGGCUGCUUCUUACGUAGCAGCCGCGCGCUACUACCCCGUGGUUGAGUAUCUACUUCUCAAAUGCAUUCCGGCAUCGCUUCAGAAAAUGGCAGAUGAUCACUAUCGGCAGAUUGUGGACAAGGUCAAUCGGCGUUUCAACUGGGAACUGGACCGCCCGGACAUAAUGCCACACGUGAUGAAGACCAAGGAUGAGCCAGACGGGAUGACAACCGAUCAAAUCUACUCGACAUUCAUGGUUUUGACAACGGCUGGGAGCGAAACAACUGCCACAGUUUUGCCAGGGACUCUGAAUUACUUGACUAGAAACCAGGACAAGCUUCGUAAGCUGGAAUUAGAGAUACUCGGUGCCUUCCAAAGUCGAGAAGAGAUGAAGUUAGACACUCUGAAGGACCUGCCUUAUCUCAAUGCUGUCAUCCGGGAGGGUCUUCGGCUCUGUCCUCCUAUCCCCUGGGUACUCCCGAGGAAGGUACCGCCAUCAGGAGAUACCGUGUGCGGCGUCUGGCUGCCUGGAGGGACUUCUGUAUCGAUUCAAGCAUACACGAUGAACCGAGACCCUCACUACUUCCAUUCACCUACCAAUUUCGUUCCUGAGCGAUGGCUCCCCGAGGCUACUACAGGCCGUGACUCUGUAUUUUUCAAAGACCAGCGGCAAAGCCUCCAGCCCUUCAGUGUGGGACCACGUAAUUGCAUGGGACAACAUCUAGCCAUGGCUGAGAUGAGGCUCAUCCUGGCAAGCCUUGUAUGGACAUUCGAGUUCCAGCCGGCAGGCCAGCAGCUGCGCUGGGAGGAUCUGAGGACUUUCUUACUGGUGGAGAAGAAGCCAAUCAACGUGCGGAUGAAGCUGAGAGACCCUUCGCUGAGGUCGUCAGCUGCGUAG